AUCUAUUCGAAUAACAGACGUAGUAUAAUAGCAUAAGUACUAUAAAAUUAUUUACUGUAAGUAGUCAUUACCAUGAAUAACGAAACAUCAUGGAAAGUCGAGCCAUCUGUAAUGGCUCAGAAUACCUUCAACCCGAUUCGGGCCAUUGUGGAUGGAAUGAAAUUAAAACCAAAUCCGGAGAAGCCAAUGAUACCACUUUCAAUAGGUGACCCAACGGUGUUUGGCAAUCUUCCACCACCUGAUUCCGCGGUUACUGGAAUACAAGAAGCUGUAGUUAGCGGAAAAUUCAACGGAUAUGCUCCCUCGUCGGGAUACCAGACGUCCAGAGAAGCGGUAGCGCGACAUUUAACGAAAAGUGGUACAACGACUGCUCCGGAGGACGUAUUUCUCGCGAGUGGAUGUUCGAAUGCAUUGGAACUUGCCAUAUCGGUCUUGGUGAAUCCCGGAGAAAACAUACUCAUCCCAAGACCCGGAUUUUCACUUUAUAAAACGCUUUGCUUGUCACAGGGAAUGGAGGUCAAAAGCUACAACUGCCUUCCUGAACGUAUGUGGGAAAUAGACUUGAACCAUCUUGAAAGUCUGAUUGAUGAGAAAACCAGAGCUAUUGUUGUCGUCAAUCCAUCCAAUCCCUGUGGAUCCAAUUUUCCGAAAAAUCACGUGAAAAAUAUUCUGGCAGUUGCUUCAAAGCACAAAAUUCCUCUGAUUUCUGAUGAAAUUUAUGCUGGGAUGGUAUUCAGACCACUUGAAUUUACUAGCUGUGCUGCACUUUCGGACGACGUUCCAAUUUUGACGUGUGGAGGGAUAUCCAAAAUAUUUCUGGUGCCUGGUUGGCGGCUUGGCUGGGUUGUCAUGCACGAUAGAAACAAUGUCCUGGGUCAAAAGAUUCGGAAUGCAUUGACAUGCCUGACUCAACGAAUUCUAGGACCGUGUACGUUGGUGCAAGCAAUAUUACCGAAAAUUUUGGAAGAUAGUGAUAAUUCGUAUAUGGACAGGGCAAUAAAUAUCAUACAAACAAACGCAGAAUACGCAUUCAGUCAUAUUGCUAACAUGCCAGGACUGCAGCCUGUCACACCACAGGCAGCAUUUUAUAUGAUGGUUGGAAUAUCAAUGAAAAACUUCCCAGAAUUCAAGAGCGAAGUUGAAUUUACUGAAGCAUUAGUUUCAGAACAAAGUGUCUUCUGCCUUCCUGCCACAUGCUUCGACUACCCGAACUAUUUCAGAAUUGUGUUGACCGUCCCAGAAGAAAAACUGAAGGAAGCGAUGACCAGAAUGGAAGAAUUUUGUAAGGAGCAUUUUGUGCCUUGUGCAGCUUAAUGUGGAACAUAAGCAAAUUUUCCAACCUCGUUGUAGUGUAUAGAUAAAAUAUUUCGCAUUUUUAGUACUGUACCUGACCGUGCAUAGGAUAUUUAUUCUGUAAAUAUUUAUACUCAAAUUUUCUUAUUGCUUUUAGACAUAGUCUAUUUCACUUUUUGAAUUAAGUAAUUGCCAUUAUUGUUUGUAGUCUGAUCGACUCUCUAAAAAACGUAGGUUUCACUUUACCUUUUUGUUAUAACUAGUGUGAUUCCAGACGUCAAAAAGAACCCCAGACGGAUGCUAUUUUUACAGCAUCAGAUAAUCUGGGCUGUGGUGUAGCUACGUGUCUAUAAACUGUUUGAAGUAACGUUUAUGGCACUUGUAUGUAUAUUUCUGAUACAAGCUCUGCCUAUAUCAUGUUGUACGAUUUAGUUAUUUUUGUCGUAGACAUAAUAACGGGAAAGAUGAUGCAUAGUUUCACAAACGCCAUAGAUGCUCUGUUCCGAAUUUUUGUUCUGUUGUUUUUUUUCUACACUUUUGUCAUCGUCAUUUUGUGAUACUUUUCCAUUUUCGUAUUUGCAAAACGCACUACUUGAGCAAGCUUUUAAUAAAGUCAUUGUGAAU